CGCUUGGAGCCGCAGCGCUGACCUGGAGGAGCCUGGAGCCCCGCGCUCUGCCCGCCUUUCCCUUUUCCGCAGCGCGCACCCGGUACAGCUGCGCUGGACACUCACUGCCCUGGAAGCGAGUCUCUCGCAGUUAUGGAGAAAACCCGUACAGAUGCAUUUCCCAUUACAAUGGAUUCUUUGGAAAGGAAAGAGACAAUAUGUAUUUUUGGAACUGGAGAUUUUGGAAGAUCGCUGGGAUUUAAAAUGCUGCAGUGUGGUUAUUCUAUCGUUUUUGGAAGCCGAACCCCCCGGAUGUCCAGCCUGCUGCCCAAUGGCGCAGAUGUCUUGAGCUAUUCAGAAGCUGCCCAGAAGUCUGACAUCAUAAUCAUAACAGUCCACAGAGAGCAUUAUAAUUUUCUCACAGAACUAACUGAGGUUCUUCAUGGAAAAAUAUUAGUAGACGUCAGCAACAACCGCAAAGUCAAUCAGUAUCCAGAAUCCAACGCAGAGUACCUUGCUCAGCUGGUACCAGGAGCCCACGUGGUAAAAGCUUUUAACACCAUAUCAGCCUGGGCUCUCCAGUCAGGAGCCCUGGAUGCAAGUCGGCAGGUGUUUGUCUGCGGAAAUGACAGAAAAGCCAAGCAAAGAGUGAUGGAUAUUGUUCGUGGCCUUGGACUUACUCCCUUGGAUAAAGGAUCGCUCAUGGCAGCCAGUGAAAUAGAAAACUACCCCCUACAAUUAUUUCCCAUGUGGAGGUUUCCCUUCUAUUUGUCUGCAGCCCUGUGUAUCUUCUUCUUUCUCUACUGUGUCAUAAGAGACGUAAUCUAUCCUUAUGUUAACAAAAAUGAAGAUAGUACAUUUCGCCUGGCUAUUUCCAUCCCGAAUCGUGUCUUUCCAAUAACAGCGCUUACACUGCUGGCUUUGGUCUACCUACCUGGUGUUAUUGCUGCCAUUCUGCAGCUGUACCGAGGUACAAAAUACCGCCGAUUCCCAGACUGGCUUGAUCAUUGGAUGCUUUGCAGAAAACAGCUUGGCUUGAUGGCUCUGGGAUUUGCCUGCCUUCAUGUCCUCUACGCACUGGUGAUUCCUAUUCGUUUUUAUGUACGAUGGAGGAUAAGAAACCUGACCGUUACCCAGGCAAUACUCAAGAAAGAAGAUCCAUUUAGUACGUCUUCAGCCUGGCUCAGUGAUUCAUAUGUGGCUUUGGGAAUCCUCGGAUUUUUUCUGUUUGUACUCUUGGGAAUCACUUCCUUACCAUCAGUUAGCAAUACGGUCAACUGGAGAGAGUUUCGAUUCAUCCAGUCCAAACUGGGUUAUUUGACCCUGAUCUUGUGCACAGCCCACACCCUGGUGUACGGUGGGAAAAGGUUCCUCAGCCCUUCAAUUCUCAGAUGGUAUCUUCCUGCAGCCUACAUAUUAGCACUCAUCAUUCCCUGCACAGUGCUGGUAAUCAAAUUUAUCCUCAUUAUGCCAUGCAUAGACAAGACCCUCACACGGAUCCGCCAGGGUUGGGAAAGGAACUCAAAACACUCAAAAUCAGCACUGAAUGCAAAGUCAGACAUUUGAAGCAGAGUUCCAUUUACUCAGACUUAUGAACUACAGUAUUGAAUGUUUAGAGAAGAACAUGCACGGUUGAGAAAACCCUUUUCUCUCACUAUGCCCUGAAGUUUAUGAACACAGAAGAAAAUGUUGCCUGACUUUGAGAAACUGGCAGAUGAGAAGAGAAACUAUUUUAUCUCAGAUUAGUGAUGAAUAAACACAGGUGGCUGCCCCUUCAUUUCCCAGAGUUCACAGGACUGAGAUUGGGAUUCAUUUUGUGGGGUUCACACUAAGAAGUUUCUUUGAUGUGGGCAACAUGCAUGACAUAAUGUCUUGCAAAAUCCAGGAGAAGUACAUGCAACUUCCUUCUCUGUUUCAAGGACUAAGUUACAUAAAAGAGAAAACAGUAUGACUGUGGCUGCCGAUGAGUAUUUUUUGGUAUGUCAGAAGAGGAAAGUCAAAUGACGUAAAAGAAAUGAGAUUUGUUGUUUGUUUUUUGCAAGUAAAGCCAAUUAUAAACAUUGCCAUAGUGAAUUUUGUAGUUAAAUGUGCCCCUUGAUUUUGCUCUUAUCAAUAUGAAUGUCUACUGUGGGGAACUGUUUUAACACAAAAGCAUCACAAUUGAUUAGAGGUAACUUCGGAUACAUGCAAAUCUACAAAGUUGUUAUAAAAUCCUUUCUUUAUAAGGAACAUAUAGGAAAGACUGAGUGAAAAUGGAAGAAUAUCCAUCUGGAUUUUUCUCAGUGUCCAAUAAGCAAGGAAGCAUUGAUGAAAAGUCUUUGCACCAAAAAAAGUUCUAAGAAACUAGAAUUUUAAAUAGCAAGGUAAAUAAAUACAUAUUAUAAAGUUGCAUUAUAUUAGGCUUGGUAUUUAGGUAUUGCAUGUUUUGUAAAUUUUCAAAUAUUGUUCAGUUUUAGUCAUCUAAGAAAUUACUUGUAGAGGAACGAGCAUCAAUGGUCUAUUAUGGUUUUACAUAGUAAAAUUAAAUAAGGUAUCUGAAGGUAUAAUUUGAGCAAUGUAGAGAUGAAAGAGAAUGAUGAAAAUUCUCAGGGCAGAGAGGUAUGAGCAGAAGAUGCUAUUUGAGAUUUGUUUCUUUCUCACAUCGUCGCUAUGAAGUAGCAUGCUUCUCACCAUGUUCCUGUGCUGAUAGUGUCAAGAUGACCUUCAAUGGGAUUAGCUUUCUAGCUCGAGCAUGGAACUAAAAGAAGCCUGUGCACCAUCUUUCCCACCUACCGAAAUAACUAAAAGGCAUUGGCUUUGACAUUUUUCUGCCUGCUCUGUAAAGGCCAUUUUUUUUCUUUCUUUUCUUUUUUCUACUUUCAUUAUAACAUUAUACAUGACUUUAUACAAAAUGAUUAAAACAUCAUUCACACUCUAUGGUACCUUUCUAGAAAGCUUUUUAUAAAUAAUUUCAUCUAUACUGUGUUUUCAAUUUGAUAUCCUUUGUUUUUCACUUGAUAUAUUAUAGGCUUUGUUCUCUUACAUGGUAUAUGUAUUUAUUGGCUGCAUAUGAUUACAUCAAAUAGGCAUUUAUUUAACCACUGUCCUAUAAUAGGCUGUGUCCAUUUCAUACUAAAACAAAUAACAUUUCAGAGAAUAUCUUUUGCACUAACAACAUUUUUCUAUAUUUUAAUUAUUUCCAAAAAUUAGGAUUACAAAAUUUAAGAACUUUCACUAGCAUUUUCUAUAUAUUGCCAGGUUAUUUCUAAAGUGACUUUAAUGAUAUUAGUAGCACUCAAUUAAGGCUUUGGUUUCAUCACACCACUGUAGAUUUUGUUUUGUUACUUAAAGUUUCAUUUACUUAUAAAGGGUAUAAAGACACAUAGAACAUAUGCUUAUUUAUCUAUCCUUGAUCUACCCAAGCAAGGAUUAAGAAAGCUGGAAAAGCUUCAGUGGAAAAAUGUCACUACUCAUCCCUGUUAUGCACCACAGUCAAGUGUGCUGGGCCUGGAAUCUGCUCUUUCACUAGAGAGUUGGUCAAUUAAAAUGUAAAUACCAUCCAGGCUGGUUUAGAGAAGUCUUUGGAGUUAGCCAUGCUCCUUUUUGAUAAAAGAGUAAUGUAAUAUGUUUACAUUGGUCAUGGCACAUCACUAAGAAUAAAACAUGUCACUCCUAGGUUAAAUACUUAUGUGUAGUAAGAACAAACUCUACUGUCACAGCUUAGUGGAGAUGCUCUAUCUGUAUACCUAAUGAAAGCCAUCUGUCACCUUAGCCUGUGAUCCUAGUUAGCCAGGAGGCCCACAACAUGGUAAAACUCACGAAUAUCUCUCAUGCACAUGCCUUCAAAAACAUAAAAUAAAAUAAAUGAAAGACAUUCAUCAAGGCUGAAGUUAAAGAGUACCCUGGUGGUUUGGGCCUAAUAGCUGCAUUGCCAGGCCUAACUUUUGGUUGGUUGUCAAACUCCAACCACAAGAGCUCUAAGUAUAACCAGCUGACCAAAGAAAACCAAUGUUCUUCCAUACUUUCCAACACGCCUCCC